CCAAGUCCACUAGUUCAGACGGGACAAGCACUUAACGGACUGCAUGGCAGCGCAUGUCGAGCUUUACGCGCAUCCACACUCACACCGCAUGGACUGGAGAAUCCACGCAGCGUCCUGUAAGAAAACCCUCUCUUGCCCAAACUGAUUGAGCUGUUCAAGAACAACUUCUGUGCGGGAACAGUGGAAGCGCAGUGCGAUUGUCACGAUGUAUUUAUCAUCCGAUUGACGGACACAGCGCUGACCGGUUUAAUCUAUCCCGGAUCUUUUGUCGUUUGCCUUGGAGUGUUACAAUAAAGUGUUAGGAAUGCCAGCUGUUCUCACUGUUGCUGGCCUGGUUCUGAUGCUGCUCAACGCAAGUGUCAGGUCUGAGUCGGCAGAGCUGAGGUUCCAGGGCCAGACUCAGUUUGUUGUAAAUGAGAGCAGCAGGGCCAUAGUGCGACUUGUGGUGGAACGAGUUGGAGAACCAGUUAAUGUCACUGCUCUGGUUCUGCUUCAGGGAGAAGACACUGGUGACUUUGAGGCCACAACUGCAGCUGCUUUUCUCCUGUCAUCUGAAAGCAGUAAAACCAUCUUCAUCGCUGUGAGGGAUGAUGACAUACCUGAGGCUGAUGAGACCUUUGUGUUCAGCCUCCGUCUGCAGAGCUCAUCAAAUGACGUGAUGGUGGGAACUCCAAAUACUGCCACAAUCACCAUCCUGUCUAAUGACAAUGCCUUCGGAAUCAUUUCAUUCAAAUCAACCUCCCUUAUUACUGUGGAGGAGCCAAGAGGUAGAAGCCAGUAUGUGCCUCUCACUCUCCUUCGAGAGAAAGGAACCUAUGGUACUGUGACCGUCAACUUUGAGAUUUUUGGAGGUCCAAACCCUGCAAGUGAGGAUCUCAGUCCAGACAUCGGGAACAUCACUAUUCCUCCUGGUCGUGCUGUUGUAGUUUUCAGCAUCAUGAUACAAGAUGACAAGCUUCCAGAAGAGGAUGAGAUCUUCACGGUGCGGUUGACAGAAGCAGCUGGCGGAGCUUUACUCAAUCCUAACAGAAGCAGUGUUCAGAUCAAGAUCUUCCGUAAUGAUGCUCCCAUCCGCUUCUCCAAGUCCACACUGGUUGUCUCGGAGAACAUCGGUGUCAUUUCUCUUAGCGUCACACGUGGUAGAACUGAGGAUGGUCUUCUGAUCGGCUCUGAUGACAGAACGGUGUCUGUUGCCUAUGCAGUCAUUACAGGCAACGGGGCGGCCAGUGCUACUCCACUGGAAGACUUUGUGGAUCUACAAUCAGAGAGGAUGGUUGUUUUCCCUCCAGGGGUCCAUGAAACAGAACUCCGCUUCAACAUCAAAGAUGACAACAUUCCGGAGAUUGCAGAAUCUUUCCAGGUGGUUCUUUUGGAAGAAACCUUACUGGGUGACACAGUGCUGAUGACUCCAAGUGUGGCACUGGUGUCCAUUGAGCCCAAUGAUAAACCUUAUGGAGUCUUGUCAAUCAGUCCUUCUCCCAUACAACCCCACGUCAUCAAUGAAGACCUGACCCCGAUAUAUGAAGGCAUCAUCAUUGUGAGGAACGGAGGAACUCGUGGAGCUGUUUCAGUUAGGUGGAAUAUAACAAGAAACUCCACGGAUAGGACUCCAGUCUCUGCUGACCUUAACCCUACAUCAGGUACCCUGAGGUUUGCUGAGGGCCAGAUGAAUGCUGUACUGCCUUUAAACAUCACUCAGGACAACUUCCCUGAAGAGGCCGAAGCCUUCGUCCUCAGACUGAUCCCUGGAUCUGUAGAAGGAGGGGCUGAAGUGGAUGAGCCGAUGGAAAUGGUGUUCUUCAUUCAGGACAGUGAUGAUGUCUAUGGUCAAUUUGGCUUUCAUCCAAGAGAGAAUCAAAGUAUUCAGAGUCAACCAGAGGGACGCUUCCUGUCAUUUAGUUUCCUCCGAGAAGGGGGGACCAUGGGAGAGGUACGGCUUACGCUAACUGCCCUGUACAUACCUGCAAGACCACUGGACCCAUCAUGAGCCAGGGAUGGGGUGCUGAAUGGAACAAGUGUCACCAGUGUGCUGUUCAGUUCCGGUCAGACACGAGCUCGGCUAAUCUUGCCCAUCCACAAUGAUGCCUUCUUGCAGAACGGGGCUCAUUUCCUCAUUCAGUUGGACAGUGUGCAGUUGGUGAACAUCUCUCCACAAAUCCCAUCUGUGAGUCCUCGCUUUGGAGGAGCUCUGAACAUCUCUCUGGUCAUCACACCGGAUAUUGCUAAUGGAGAAAUUGGCUUCACCAGUAAUCAGACAGUGGUGGUUCUGGAACCAGAAGAUUCAAAUACCAGCUUGAUAACUAUUGAGCUGAGGCGAGAUGGGACGGAUGGCCAGGCAGUGGUCUUCUGGAGUCUGCGGCCCGCUGGAGAGAACAGAGAUGAUGUGACUGUGGGUGACAUUUCACCUUUCACUGGAUCGGUCAAGUUCCUCUCAGGACAAAGUGAAGCAGUGAUUAACAUCACUGUAAUGACUGACAGCAUACCAGAGAUUAAUGAGACCGUCAUUCUUACGUUAGACAGGACAAAUGUGGACAACCAGAUACUUAAACCAGGUUUCACCAGGCGAGAAAUUGUCAUUCUGGAGAACGAUGAGCCUGGAGAAGUAUUUGAGUUUUCACCACUCUCUAAAGGACCUUGGUUAAUCAAUGAGGGGGAAACGGUUGAACUGAGGGUGAUCAGAGAGCAGGGGCAGCUACUAAACCAGCUCAUAAGAUAUACAGUGAUUCCUUCUGGAAAUGCUCAGUUUUAUGGGGCCACGGGGAUCCUAGAGUUCCAGCCAGGGGAGAGAGAGGUGAUGGUGGCCCUGGUAGCCAAGCCUGAUGGGAUACCAGAGCUAGACGAGACAUUCUCAGUGGUCCUUAGUAGCCACAGCACGCCAGUUAGUCGCCUUGGCAACCGAAGGCAGGUCAACAUUACCGUGCGUUGGAGUGAUGACCCAUUUGGGGUCAUUGAGUUCAUUAGGCCUGACCUAGACUUCACCAUCAAUGAAAGUAAAGCCAUGGAUUCUCAGUCAGCAUCCUACCCCAUUGGGAGAAGCAGGGGUAGGUUUGGGAACGUGUCUGUCUUCUGGAUUCUUGAGCCGACCUAUACAGGAGACAUCAAUCCAGUGCAGGGUGAGAUCGUCUUUGCUGAAGGGGAGUACCUGAAAAACCUCACCCUAUUUUCUAUGCCAGAUGAGAUCCCAGAGAAUACUGAAAAUUUCACCAUCACCUUUCUGAAUACAAUGGGUGGAGCGAGACUAGGAAACAUUCUCAGUGCAAGCUUAAGAAUUCGUGAGAAUGAUGAUCCAAUAUAUUUUGCCGAGCCUGUGGUUCAGAGGGUGCGAGAAGGGGGCGUGGCCAAUUUCAUCAUUCUGCGAGCUGGGCUAGCUAACUUUAUCACCAUAGUGAAGUAUCGUUUUGAGUACGGUGACACAUCACCAGGAGACUUCACUCCACUGAGUAACGACUCAAUGUUCGUCUUUGAUUUUGGAGAGUGGAUGAAGAACAUGUCUGUUGCGGUGGUAGAUGAUGACAUACCAGAGACAGAUGAACCAUUCUACAUAGUCCUCUUCAGUGCCACAGGUGAUGCAGUGGUAUAUGGUCAAGACACUGCUACAGUGGUGAUUGAGGCCAGUGACGAUGCCAAUGGGAUAUUCUCUCUGGAUCCCACUCAGAAACCAGUGGAGGAGGGAAGAACCAAUAACUUUUAUGUUCUUCGAGACAGAGGACACUUUGGUAAUGUCACAAUAUACUGGCAGCUGUUCGCCAAUGACACCCCCCUUGAACCUCACCAAGAAUUUCUGAACACAUCUGGUUCUAUAGUAUUUCGUACAGGGGAGAAGGCGAAGCCUAUUGUUCUUGAAGCCAUCUCAGACAAGCUCCCAGAGUUCAAUGAGUUUUAUGAGCUCAGACUUAUGAACGUCUCAGGUGGCUAUCCUGGUGAAGGAGGAAAACUGGCAAAGAAAGACCUCAAUGCAUCCGUUCUCAUUCCUUUCAAUGACGACCCAUUUGGAGUUUUUGCUAUUGCCCCUGAGAGUCUGGAGCAUGAGGUAGCAGAGGACGUCUUGUCAGUCAGUGACAUGUUGGAUGUCACAUCCUUCAACAUACUUCGUCAGCAAGGCACAUUCGGAGAUGUGCGUUUGGCCUGGGAAAUCCUGUCAGGAGCUUUCCCACAUGGUCUCCCACCCAUGGAAGACUUGACAUUGAUGGCCUCAUUUCCUCAGGCUGUAGAGCUCCGACCACAUGCCAGAAGACGCCAUGCUGGCAUUGAUGCGUUCUUCUUCUCUGGACUUCCAGGAGCUUAUGGAUCCAUCAGUGCAGAAACCCAUCUGCAGGUUCCAGUGAACCUGGCUAACUUUACCCUGUCAGUCUGGCUGAUGUCCAGGCCUAAUACAGAUGGAUUUAUUGUUUCUAAAGGCAACAAGAAUGGAACUAUCUAUUACGGAGUUCAGGUCCAGACUAAUGAGUCCUACGUUACUGUUAUGCUUCAUUACACAACCAUAGGAUCUAACAGCACACAGGUGGCACGAGCUACUGCAACUAAAUUUGUAGAGGAUAAUACAUGGGUUCAUGUUGUCAUCGCUGUGGAAGAUGGAAUUAUUGAGUUUUAUCUGGAUGGGAGCCCAAUCCCUGGGGGGAUUAAGAGUCUAAAAGGAGAAGCCAUUGUGAAUGAUGCUGCGCCUAUUAGGAUCGGUUCCAACCCAGAUGGUGAACAGCGCUUCACUGGUCUUCUACAAGACCUCCGGCUGUACUCCAGCUGGCUCAGCUGCUCCGAGAUUCACGAGCUCCACAACCAACCAGCCGAGAAUGACCUCCACAAUGUGUCAGGGUACCUGACAUACAGGCAGGAGGAGAAACUGAAGUCAUUUUUGGUCGAAGUACGGGACGAUCAAGAAGAGGAGGGUGAGGAGAUUUUCUACCUACAACUGGUGGCAGUUCAAGGUGGAGCCCGUCUGCCGAUGCCCAGACCGACCGCCAUCCUCAAAGUCAUGAAGAGUGAUAAUGCCAAUGGACUUUUCGGCUUUACUGGUUCCUGCAUACCAGAUAUAUCUGAAGAAGGCUCAAUGAUCUCCUGUGUGAGCGCCCUGGAUCAUGUCUAUGUAAACUACACCGUCACUCAGGUUGAUUCACCCGCAGACUCGUUAAAUGCCUCAGACUUUGCCAGUGCUACAGGCUCCAUCCAUUUCUUGCCAGGCCAGCGCUCUGAGGUUUUAAACCUGCUGGUUCUAAAUGAUGACCUGCCUGAGGUUGACGAGCACUUCCAGGUUAGGCUGGUGUCAGCUGAAUCAGGUGAUGGGAAACCAGGUUCUACUCCCAGUGGAGCCAGCAUUGACCCAAACAAUGCCAUCAACAGCAUUACAGUCAAAGCCAGCGAUCAUCCAUAUGGCCUGCUGCAAUUUCAAGCUACCCCAGUGCCUGUGGGUAUGAUCAGACCUGCACUGGAGGAAGCCCAUGUGACUGUUCAAGAGGAGACUGGUGUGGUCAGUCUGCUGGUGGCCAGAGCACAAGGACUGCUGGGAAGGGUGAUGGUGGGCUAUCGCACGUCUCCAUUCACAGCUGCUGGUUCAGAGGACUACGAGGGAUUUCUAGACUUCUUGCCUGGCGAGAGAUUUAAGUACAUCAAUGUGACUAUUAUAGACAACUUGGUCCCGGAGUUGGACAAAGUCUUCAGAGUGGACCUCUAUAAUCCAAAUGGAGGAGUGGAUCCGUUUUUUGCAAGUGAAGGCAGUGGAAAUGGCGAGAGUGACACUGACUUCUUAAUUCCAUCCUUUCACUAUCAUCAUGCUAACCUCGGUGCUGCUGCUCGUAUCAUUGUGACCAUAGCUGCUUCUGAUGAGGCUCAUGGCAUCUUCCAGUUCAGUGCCGACUCUCUGACUGUGAAUGGCACAGAGCCUGAGGAGGGCAGGAGUACUGUAGUACUGCAGGUGAUUCAUACUUUUGGUGCUCUGUCCAGUGUGAAAGUGUAUUGGGAGGCAGAUGCUAAUUCAGAGGGAGAGCUUGUUUAUAGAUCUGGGAAUGUGACCUUUGAGGUGGGCCAGACUAUUGGAAGCAUCUACCUACUGAUUUCCCAAGAUGAUAUUCCAGAACUUGACAAGAGCUUCAGAGUCCGCCUCUCUAAUGUUUCUCAUGGUCGACUCGGGAAGGAAACUACUGCCAUGCUGACUGUAUUGGCCAGUGACGACCCUUAUGGACUUUUUGUGUUCUAUGAAAUCAGCAGACCAAUUCGUGUGCCAGAAGCAAAUGCUGUCAUCACCCUGACCAUACAGAGAAGAAAGGGCUUAAUGGGAAGGGUGCGAGUGACAUAUCGAACAUUGAGGGGCACUGAUACAGCUCCAUAUAGCACACCAGGAGUGGGUCGGGCCAGUGCAGGGAAUGACUUUGUGCCUGUUGUGGAGUCUGUGAUGUUCUCUGCUAAUCAGAGUGAAGUAAAUGUGACCUUGAGGGUACUUGAAGAUGAGGAGCCGGAGAGGGCGGAAUCUGUAUUUUUGGAACUUGUCAACGUCACUUUGGUUGAAGGGCUUCAACCCAGACCAGUUGCUCUUUCCCCUCGACUUGGCCCACGGAACACCACAGUUGCCCAGAUCAUUAUAGAGGCCAGAGAUGAUGCUUUUGGGGUGCUACAGUUGUCUUCCCCAGCAGUGAGCAUACCCGAGUACUACAUCGGACCUAUUAUCAAUGUAACGCGUAUUGGAGGAAUUUUUGCUGAUGUGUCUGUCAAGUUCAGAGCAGUGCCACUGACUGCUAGAGUGGGUGAGGACUACAGUGUGGCCUCUUCUGAUAUGGUUUUGCUGGAGGGAGAGAGUAGCAAGCCCAUCCCUAUCCUCAUCAUCAAUGAUGUGGUGCCUGAAGUGGAAGAGACCUUCCGAAUUGAGCUUCUCAACCAGACCACUGGAGGCGCUCUCCUGGGGGACCUUACACAGGCAAUCAUUACCAUCCUACCCUCAGAUGAUCCCUAUGGAUCUUUUGUUUUUCAGUCUGCACCCAUCACAAUAGAGGAGCCAGCAGUGAAUGCUUUUGAGGUGUCCCUACCCAUAGUGAGGAAUGCUGGAACUCUAGGUGAUGUGGAUGUCGAAUGGAGAGCCACAGUCAGUGGGAGACCUGCCACUGGUUAUCUGCGACCUUUGUCUGGUGAGGUCAGGUUUGCCCCUGGAGAAACCUUAAAGACACUGAAAGUUGAAGUUUUGGCUGAUGAUGUACCUGAAAUUGAAGAGGUCAUAAAGGUUGAGCUUGUUGGUGCCACCAAUAGUGGGAACAUUGGGACUGAGAAAGUAGUCGAUAUCAUUGUUCCUGCCAAUGACAACCCUCACGGAACUGUGUACUUUGAGCAAGCAGUGUACCGCAUCCAGGAGCCACUGGAAGGGAUCUAUAUUGCUAACAUUACAGUUCGAAGGAGUGGUGGUAACUUUGGCAUGCUGGAGAUCAUUUAUAGCACCUCUGAAGUUGAUAUCGUAAGCAAUGCUCUCAGGGAAGGCCGAGAUUUCCUGGUUUACUAUGAUUCUCCAUCGGCUGGAGCACCAUCUAAUGCCCUCCGCAGACCCAUCAACAUCACCACAGUCACAAACGUCCUAAAUUUCUGUGCAGCCUUCUGCCUUAGAGAGCGGGCUUGCCAAGCUUUCAGCAUCACCAACACCCCAAGAGCGAGUUGUUUCUGGGUAAUGUCUGGAGCCAGACAACUGAGUCCUUCACCACAAACCUUCACCUAUUUAAAAAACACCACAGCGGCCGCUUCGCUGUUUAGCUCGCAGGCUGUUGCUGGGAGCGACUACAUAACCAUGACGGCUCAGACCACAACCAUGCUGGACAGAUCGGGAGUCACUAACCUCACUGUACCCAUCUUGACUGACUCUUUGGCAGAGAUGGAUGAGAGUUUUAUGAUUAAAAUCCUGAGUGUUAGCUUGGUCAACAUGACUGUAGCUUCCAAGAACUUGCCAACCAUACAGCAACCGGACACAGCUUUGGUGACUAUAGCAAUGAAUAGAGAUGCAUUUGGAAUAUUUCUGCUCUACAGCAUUAACCCCAAUGCCACUCAAGAUGGACAGUAUCUCGAAGUGAGAGAGGAACCAAAAACAACAGUGCUGCUAGUCAUUGAGAGGAGGGGAGGCAGUAUGGGACAGGUUACAGUGGAGUGGAAAUAUGUUGGUGGCAGUGCCACACCCAACGCUGACUUCAAUGGGACGGGGGAGACCCUUAUCUUUGCAGAGGGUGAUGUAAAGAAGACCCUUGAGUUUGUCAUCACAGAUGACAUGGAACCUGAAGAUAAUGAGACUAUACAGAUUGGGUUAGUGAGCACUGAGGGUGGCAGCCGUAUCCUUCCCAGUUCGGACACAGUCACCAUCCUCAUCCUGGCCAAUGACAAUGCAGCUGGUGUGGUGGGCUUUCACACAGCCUUGCGAUCCGUCAUCGUCAGAGAGGGUGAGAGUUUGUCUCUGCUGGUGGAGAGAACAGCUCCUGCUAUUGGAAAUGUCACAGUGGAAUGGAGGAUUGAAGGCCCUCGAGUCUCAAUGACUUUUACAGACACCUCGGGAACUCUAUUUUUCUCUGAGGGAACGUUAAAUAAUACUAUAGUCUUGAGGCUACUUGAGGAUACCACGCCAGAAGAAAGAGAGGAGUACAGAGUUAUCCUAUCAAAUAUACAAACCAAAGGAGUUACCCAGACAGGCAUGGCAGCCCUGAGUGCUCAGGGUCGUGAAGCAGUGGUGAGCGUGGAAGUGAGUGACGAGCCGUUUGGUUUGCUCAGCAUCGCCCCCUCAUCCUUAAAACUGACCACAGAUGAGAAAGACACUACCAUCAGGAUUUACAUAAACCGAGAGUUUGGUGCAUCAGGUGCUGUGAAUAUAAGCUACGAGACUGUGCAGGGCUCUUUGCAGGACCUCAGACAGACUGAGGCUGCUCUAGCCCAGCCAGGCCAUGACUUCAGACACGUCUCCAGUUCUGUGAUCAUGCAGGAUGGACAGACAUCUGUGUCCAUCCCCAUCACCAUCAUAGAUGAUGACAUCCCUGAGUUGCAAGAGUUUUUCUUAGUCAAUAUAACAUCAGCUGUCCUCAUAACCACCCUCGCAACUGUCCCUGAAUUAAAUACUGAAGGCCUUGUAGCAGAGAUCAGCAUUAAUGCUAAUGAUGGUAUCCAAGGGAUCAUUGGCUGGCAAAACACAGACUAUGUGAUAAAUGAGACAAUUGGUGCGUUAACUCUGGUGGUGUACCGUGAUGCCUGGAUGUAUGGAAAUGUGUCCCUGUUCUUCUAUGUCCAGAAUCUAGAGGCUCAGUUGGACCUGGAUUUCAAUGCCACCCCAUCAAUGAUCCAUUUUGUGGAUGGAGAACAGCACAAGUUUAUCGAUGUCCAGAUUUUAGAUGAUACCAUUCCUGAAGGGGAUGAGACAUUUCAGUUAAUUCUUGCAAAUCCAUCGGCAGGGCUGCAGCUGGGAGAGAACACUACAGCUACCGUGACUAUUCUGGCCAAUGACGAUGGCCAUGGAAUCAUUUGGGAGAGUGUGGGCACCCUCUACAUCAUACGGGACCCUCCUCAGGGCGUGUUUGGCACAGUAACGGUUCAGUUCACAAUCACUGAUGCCAAUGGAUCCCUGUACACUGAUGAUCUUACACCUUCCUCUGGCUUUGUGGUACUUGAGGAUGGAGUCAGAUUCAAGACUUUGGAGAUCUGGGCUGUUCUGGAUGCUGAGCCAGAGAUGAAUGAGACAUUCACAGUGACUCUGUCCAACCCUACUGGAGGUGCUCGUCUGGGAGACUCGCUGCAGAUUUUCAUCACCAUACUGCAAAAUCAGGCUCCUCUGGGACUCUUCAGAAUAUCACCAUUAUUUAACAGGACUCUAGACACCUUGACAUUGGAGGAGCAUAGUGGUACGGUGUACCUGACUAUAUCUCGCAGUAAUGGGCUGUAGUCAGCCGUCAGUGUGGAAUGGGAGACCUGGUCAGGAACAGCAUUUGGCAUGAGAGGAGAGCAGCCAGUGUUGGCUGUGUAUCAGUCUAUCAGGGACAGCUUGGCGUCAGUCUGGUGUGCAGUGCCCAGUGAAGACUCUGCUCUGGUUUUGAGGCUGCUCAGAGGUCCAGCUCAGAACCAGGCUGUGCUCUACGAAUGGCAAGGUGUCUUGGUGCCUGUGGAGUUUAUCAGCAUCCAGAAUCCCAGCUCUUGUGUGGGUUUUACAGUAAAUGGCUCCAGCUAUGUGGCAGUUUCCCAUGCACACAGCACCAUGUCAUUAACUGCAACAAUCAGCUUAUUUCGUCUUCAGGCAGACCUCAACCUCACUCAAGAGCAGACUCUUACUGUGGACAGUUUCAAUGUCAAACACUUCUCCACUGAGCUUCAGCAAUAUCUGAUAACUUCUAGUAAGAUUUUUGUGUGGGCUGGAGGCUCAUUCUCCCUUCAUCAAAGUCUGGAGUUACAAGACAUUACCACAGCCGUACCCUUCAGACGAGGCAGCAGCAACCUACAGCACCUGGCUGUGUGCAGGAACAUAUCAUCAUCGGUGUGUCUCAUAUACCAGUGGAGUAUUGGGCAAUUCCAAAACCCUCAAACCUUAGCAGUCAGUGCUCGAGUCAAGCAAGUGGAAUCAUUUCAGAUGGGAGGAGAUACGUUCCUCCUCAUCGUCACUGAAGGUCCAAGCUCAACAUGUGAAGUGUUUAUGUGGGGUUCUCAGCAAAACUUCUUCCAGCAGACACAGUCCAUCCCAUUUCCCGGCCUCUUUUCAGUCCACCCCUUUACCCCUCCUUCUGGAAUAUCUCACCUGUUGCUUGCGGGUCUAAAUGGUUCAGCCCUGUACUCAUGGAGGUUAGAUCUGAGGCGGUUUGCUGAAGUGUUAAAGUCUCCAUCUGCACAAGAAUUCCUGUAUCUUCCUGUUUCUUCUCUCAAUUCUACCAAGAGUCUCAUCGUAGCCACUGGAGAGUCAAGCUCUGUUGUAUAUGAUCUGACCUCAGUGUCCAACCAGUCUGACUUCAUCCCCAAUUCAGGAGAGCUGUUUUUCCAGCCUGGUGUCCGUGAGCUAGAAAUAGCAGUGAAUGUAAUUAAUGAUGAUGUUCCGGAGGAGGAAGAACAUUUUCGUGUCAGCCUCAAGAACCCCAAAGGAGGGGCAGAAAUUGGCUUCCGUGGUCAAGUGACAUUGUUCAUUCCAGCUAAUGAUGAUGCUUAUGGGAUUAUAGGUUUUGCACAGAACUCUUUAAUGCGGGAGGUGGAUGAGCUGGAGGAUGAUAACUCUGUCUCUCUGAGCAUUGAGAGGACGAAAGGCAGGUUUGGCAGACUAACUGUACACUGGAGCGCCUAUGGUAGUCUGGAUGACAUUUUUCCCACUUCAGGAGUGGUGACGUUUUCUGAGAGCCAGGCUGUUGCUACCAUCUCACUAAAUGUAUUAGCUGAUGACCUUCCUGAGUUAGCAGAAAAAGUCACCAUUGUCCUGACCAAGGUCACAACGAUUGGGAUAAUUGAUCCAUCAAGAGGAGCAAUGAUCGACCCUCAGCGUGCCCAAGCAAACCUCACCAUUAGAGCCAAUGAUUCACCCUAUGGAGUCAUUGGCUGGCACCUCGAUUCCCAGUACUUCAUCACACCAGAACCUCAGAAGAGCCCAAGCAAUAUCACACUAAGUAUUGUGAGAGAUCAAGGAGCAUCAAGGGAUGUAUUAGUUUACUACACCACCAAAGCGGCCCUCCACCUGCCACCUGUUAAUCAGGCUAGUGAGGGAACUGACUGUGUAUCCAAAGAGGCCACAGUCGUCAUGAAUGAGAAUGCUACUGUUGUUUUGGUAUCUGUUACUAUCCUGCCGGAUGCUAUUCCUGAACUGGCUGAGACAUUCCUGGUAAACAUCACUAAAGUAGAACUGUUGGGUGGAGACACAGGAGCAGCUCAGCCCAGUGUGAGGAGACCUGGUCUGGAGAUAGCUGAGGUCACCAUCCAAGAGAAUGAUGAUCCAAGAGGAAUCCUCAGUUUCAACGUCUCAAAGGAUGUUUCUGGGGCAGUGCUGGCAUUUGAGGUACCAUCACCUGGAAACGUCCUUCACCUGGCCGUCAUGCGAAUGGCCGGUAGAUCUGGCAGACUGGUGCUUUACUGGGAGGCUCAAACAGUCACAGCCAGCGCUGAGGACUUUAGUCCUUCCUCUGGAAGCCUAACCUUUCAAGAUGGACAGGCAGUGGCUUAUAUUGAGAUCACCAUUAUUGAUGACACAAUUGUGGAGUCGACAGAGACGUUUAUGGUGAAACUGGUUCAAGUCAUCGGAGGUGCCAGGCUGGGGGACGAGACAUCUGUGGUAAUCAUCAUCCUGGCCAAUGAUUCACCUUUUGGUCGGUUUGGGUUUGAGGAGCCAAUGGUCUCUGUGUCUGAGCCUCAGUUCCUAAAUGACCCAGCUUCUAUAGCUACAAUGACCGUAGUGCGUAGCUCAGGAGGUGAAGGAGUGGUGCAUUUGAUCUGGCUUCUGCAGGAAGAGGGCAGAGAAGACCUAAGCCCUCAUAAUGGAACUCUCAUUUUUAAUGGGACUGAGUCAAAGAAAACUCUGGUGAUUCAGGCUUUGGCUGAUGCUGUCCUGGAGGGAGAGGAGAGAUUCACCAUCCAGCUGCUCUCUCCAAAGAAUGAGCCUGUCAUUGAUCCAGUUAGAGGUGUUGCUACGGUUGUUAUUCAAGCUGACAUGGGUGCCCUGGGAACUGUAGGAAUAGCUGAUUCCAGCAGGAACGUUCUGAUUGGCGAGCCAAGAGACAAUUACAAUGGAACAGCUUUGGUCAGUCUUGUAAGAGGUCCAGGCAUCUUUGGUGCGAUCGAGAUCUUCUGGAACAUCACCACAGCUGCAGAUACAGAGUUUGAGGAGACCUCUGGCAAAGUUGUCAUGAGAGACCACCAGUCUGCGGCAAUAAUUCAGCUGAAGGCACUAGAUGAUGAGAUUCCAGAAGAAAGAAGUGUAUAUCAGCUAAGAUUGAGCUCUCUAACCCUGGGCUCAGCGAUCAACCCUGACAGACAACUUGCCACCAUCACUAUGGCUGCCAGUGACCUUCCCCAUGGGCUCUUCUCCUUCUCCCAAGCCUCUCUGCGUGCCACUGAGGAGGACAGAGCUGUAAACGUGACCAUUGUUCGCUCCAUGGGUCUGUUUGGCAGCGUGUGGGUCAGUUACCACACAGAAGGCAGAACUGCAGUCAGUGGACAGGAUUUUGGACAGUCCUCUGGUCAGCUGCUCUUCAGGCCUGGGGAGAGCUCAAGGGUCAUUACGCUGACUAUACUCGAUGAUGAUCUUCCAGAAGGACCAGAAGAGUUUUUCCUCAACAUUACGCUAGUAGAGCUUCUGAAUGUCAGUUCAAUGGAUUUUACAGUGAGAGAGUACGACCUACAGAUUGACCAGCCUCCAGCUAUUGGCAAUCUGUCCUCUGUCACGGUGAUUAUCCAGAAAAAUGACAAUGCUGACGGCAUCCUGGAGUUUGACCCCAAAUGUGUCAACAUCGCUGUUGAGGAGGAUGUAGGAAUUCUGUCCAUCCCUGUACUGAGGCGUGUUGGAUCCUAUAGGCAGGUCACAGCAGAGUUUAUCUCCAAAGGUUUGACUGCUCAACCCGAUUCAGAUUACAUCCUGCUCAAUGGCUCCAUCACCUUUCAGCAUGGCCAAACCCUCAGCUAUAUCAAUGUUUCCAUAGUGGAUGACACAGAGAGUGAGUUUAACGAGAUAUUUGAGAUGCAACUCACCGGUGCCACAGGAGGUGCCAUACUUGGAGCUCAGCUAAUUGCACGAAUUACAAUUGCCAAGAGUGACUCGCCAAAUGGUGUUGUACGAUUCAUCAAUCAAAGCGCCAUCACCAUCCCAAACCCCAACAGUGCCCUCAGACUGACCCUGUUUGUAGAGAGAGCGGACGGGCUGCUGGGAGAUGCCACGGUAAUAUGGCAGAUUCUAGGUCCAAACUCAAACGAGGUUUUACCAUCAGCAAACACAGACAUUGGUGAACCAGUGAAUGGGACGUUCAGUUUCAGAGACGGGGAAGGGGGUGUGCGCAGCAUUGAGCUGAAGAUCAUGCCUCACGGUGAGGUGGAGGUCACAGAGAAAUUCAUUGUCAUGCUCCGUAUCCUCUCCGGAGAGAUGGGUGUUGAUCCCAGAGCCGGAUCUGUCACACUCACGAUUGAGAAGUUUGGAGACCCCAAUGGCAUAGUACAGUUCACAGAACAGGACCUGAUAGAGCGCAUUUACAGUGAGCCUUCUGACAGAGAAGGGCCGCUCAAAAUAUCACUCCUUAUCACACGCAGAGAGGGCGUCAUGGGCAACAUCACGGUUUUCUGGGAAAUCGUCAGUGAUGCAGACACAUCAGGAGACUUUUCUGCCCUGCAGGGUUCUGUCACCAUCCUGGCAGGACAGCAUGUGGCAGAGAUAGUCCUCACCCUGCUCCCCGACUCUUUGCCUGAGUUGGAGGAGAUGUACAUCCUCCGUCUAAUCUCUGUGGAGGGCGGCGCAGAGCUGGAUACAAACCGCAGCAGUACCCGUUUGAAGGUCCGGGCCAAUGACGAACCCCAUGGGGUGUUUGUCCUUUAUUCUGAAAACCAGUCAGUGGUUGUUAAUGUGGCGGACCGAAGUAGACACCUCAUUAUCAGUGUGAACAGGCUGGCAGGAGCGUUUGGCAAUGCCAGUGUGGGAUACAGAGUCAGUUUUACCACCCCUGGGCAGAGUUUUACAGAGGACACAAUCACUGGGAACAUAAUGGUGAAGGACGGAGAACGUGAGGUCAGCGUUAGACUGCCAUUUAGUAGCCAGGUGUUCUUUGUGCUGGGCUUUAACUUAAGCGUUGAGCUGACGGAUGUGACUCUGAUUGGUCCCUUACUCAGUUCCCCUCCCAGAAUUCAACUGGAAUCAAAGAUGGCUGUCGUUACUGUUCCUGAAUUGGCAGCUAAUGCUGAGGUUGGAUUUGCCUCUGUGGCCCUGCGUGUCUCAGAUAUAGAGAGUGGCCAGUUUGAGGCGCUGGUGACACGGACAGGCUUAUAUGGAAACGUAACUGUCCGAUGGAGCUCGGGGUUUCCUCCUCGCCAAACUCCACCAGGCUACCAGCCAGGAGACAUCUCGCCAAGAUCAGGUACGGUAAUGCUUGUCCACGGUCAGAGGAGUGAGGUGAUCUCUCUCAAUGCUGUUAAUAACAUGUCAGUUGUCACAGCACACGCUGUUUACCUGACCUCUGUAGAGUCAGAGUCACCCGGUGGAGCCCGUCUCAGGACUGGUUACACAGUAGCUGAGGUGGAGCCAUUAGGAUUAUAUCAGUUUCGUCCUGAUUCUCGGCAACUGGUCAUUGAGGAGGACGUGCAGACCAUCACCCUCUACGUCCAGCGCCUCUAUGACUUCCGCAGCAACAGUUCCAGCAUCUCCUACAAGACGUGGCCUGGCACUGCCCAACCUGACAAGGACUUUGCAUCGGUAGCAGACGGGCAGCUUCUGUUUGAUUCCCGCCAAACAUCUGCUGCCAUUCGCCUGUCUAUUCUCGAUGAUUCCCUAACUGAACCAGAUGAGGAUUUUUAUGUGAACUUAACCAGUGUGAGUAUUCUCAGUGCCAGCUUGCCCUCAGUCGACGCUCAGCCUCGCAUUGUGUCUCAAAAUAGUGUCGCUACAGUUACCAUCCAUGCUAACGAUGUGGUUAGCGGAUUUUUGAGUAUAGGGCCAGCAAUAAUACACACUUCUGAAGACAGUCAGGAGGGGGCGCCCCAACAGAAGCUUGCCUUAAGAGUACGCAGGUCGGCAGGGCUCACAGGAGUGGUGAGUGCCAAAAUCGGAGCCUAUGCAGGACUCAAAACCCCAGUGGUGGAUGAAGCCCAGUUUCAUCAGGAGCAUAAUGGCACAUGGGCCUUGGAAGGGGAGGACUUCGCCUUAGAGACCCAAACUGUCACAUUGUUGGAAGGACAGAACGAGGUGGAGGUCAGUGUCCUCAUACUGAAUGAUCAGGAGCCAGAGGGGCAGGAGGCUUUUUUUAUCUACCUCAGCGAAGCAGAAGGUGGAGCACAGAUUGUCAGCGUGCCAGAUGAACUGGGGUUCACUUCCUUUGCCAAAAUCGUUAUUCUGGGGAGUGAUCUUCAGAAUGGUAUAGUCGGCUUCAGUUUGAGCUCUCAGGUCGGUCAGAUCCUGGAUGAGGACUCAGAGAACAGGACAGCGACACUCUUUCUGCAAAGACAGGAAAACAGAGCGUUUGAAGAUGUGCUGGUGUUUUGGCGGGUCACGUUCAGCAUUACAGUUUACUCAGUGCUCAGUCAUGGGGUGAAUCUGACCAGAGAGCUGCAGCAGACCUCGGGCACAUCCGUCUGCAGGAAAGGAGAAGUACUCUGUGCCCUCAGGUUGGAGGUCCGGCCAGACAAGGACCCAGAGUAUGAGGUUUGGUUCCUGGUGGAAGUCUAUAAAGUGGGCGAGGGUGCCACCAUAAACCAGACUGCCCGUUUUGCCAAUGUCACCAUGCUGGAGAGUGAUGACCCACAGGGGCUGGUGUACUUCGCCCAGGGCUCCAGACUACCCAUAGUAACCCUCAAAGCCACAAGCAUCAGUCUUCAGGUCUACAGGGAUACCAGUACAGCAUCAGCUAUCUCUGUGAAGUACUGUAUGCAGGAGCUUCAGAAAGCGGAGUCUAUUGGACCCUCUCUGGUCUGGCCUGCCGUGGCAGGGCAGGACUUUGUCAUGGCAGAGGGCACCCUGACUUUUGAGACUGGACAGAGAAGUGCUGGUCUGGACGUGGCCCUCACACCGAACAUCAGUUCUUCCAACCCAACACCCAAACGGUUCCGCGUGGCUCUCUCUGAUGCCACUGGUGGUGCACGGGUUCACCCAGAAUUCGGGCUGACUAACAUCACCCUGGUUUCGGACUCAGAGGCUCAGGCAGUGUGGGCCCUGCUGGACCAGUUACAUCAGCCUCUGGAUGAGACCAUCAUCAAUCGGGUCCUGCAAGGGCUUAUCAACAAAGUUAGUAAGGACAUCACUCCAGAGCAGCUAACUGCAGUGUUAGAUGCACUAAGCAAGAUUCUGAAAGAUGCUGAGCAGUCUCCACUAAAAGACAGCAGCCGUGGCUUGACCUAUGACCUCUUGUGCUCUAUGUCGAACCCCAGCUGAGCGGACACUCGAGGUAUGAGCCAGCUGGCUGAGGUGGCGGAGCGUUUUGCCUUCAGCCUGCUCACAGACAUUGACUGUGGGGCAGAAGGAAAGAGAGGCACAACCAUACUGGACACCUGCCCGUAUUUCACCAUAGCAGCUCACCACUGGUACCCCACUCAAAUCAACGGCCACACAUUUACAGGCAAAAACGCAGACACGUUCACCCUGCCUGAGACCCUGCUGGAGGUACCAGCCCUUCCUGCAGACCGCAUGGCCCUGUCCGCUUGCCGUAAAGCGCACUUCACCGAAUAUAGUACUGAGCACUGGUUCCUCACCAACACAAAAGCCAGUGCAUUAAAUGACAAGGUUUUCUCAGUCAGUCUUCAUGGCAGAGCCUCUAAAUCGCUUGCUGAGGGUCAAAAGGUUGUUUACCGCAUACACACUCCUGACCGACGUGGAAAACCUCUCCAAUCUCUGUGCCUCCUGUGGAAUCAGGCUGCCGAGAGCUGUGUGUCUGACGGUCAGUUUUGCCGUGUGGUGGACGAAAGUCAGAGUUUUGUGGAGUGUGCCUGUACGCAUCUCUCCGUCUACACAGCAUAUGCAGAGACAGGAAGUUUGGCUUCAUUCAAUGAGGCCUUCUAUGCUGCUGGCUUCAUUUGUAUCUCAGGGUUUGCCUUGGCCAUUGUGUCUCAUGUGCUGUGCUCUAGAUUCCUAAUGUUCGCUGCCAAACUCCUCACACACAUGAUGGUGGCCUGCUUAGGGACUCAGAUUUGUUUCUUGGUGUCUGCAUUCCGGGGACGUAUGUUCUCAGAGGACAGUUGUGCUGCUCUUGGCCUUUUCUUCCAUUACUUCCACCUCAGCCAGUUCAGCUGGAUGCUCAUACAGGCCAUAAACUUCUGGCAGAUAUUGGUGAUUAAUGAUGAGCACACAGAGAGACGCUACCUUCUCUAUUUCCUGCUCAGCUGGGGACUUCCUGCUCUGGUCAUCAUCAUUCUGGUUGUAGUCCUGCUGGGAGGCUUUGGAUGGAGCAUUCAUAGUGUGUAUGGCCUGGUGCAAGGAGAUCUAUGCUUCAUACCUAAUGUAUAUGCUGCUCUCUUUACGGCCGCCCUGGUUCCUCUCAUUUGUUUGGUGGGGGUGCUGGUGAUCUUCAUCCAUGUGUAUCAAGUCACUCAGCAAUGGAAGGCUUAUGAUGAUGUCUACCGAGGCCGAACAAACAGCUCAGAGGUGCCCAUGAUGUUGUAUCUGUUUGCUCUGGUGACUCUGGUCUGUCUUUGCGCUGGAUUGCACAUGGCCUACAGAUACCUGUGGAUGCUGAUCCUCCUUGUUAUCUUCAACAUCUUUGUGGGUCUGUAUGUGUUUUCCGUCUACUUCAUCAUGCAUAAUCAGCUCUUCUGGCCAGCUAAAGCAACCUACACCGUGGAGAUGAACGGUGAUGGCAGCCCAGACUCCAUGUACCAGGGUACUGGUGCUGCUACUGUCGGUGGGGGAGAAAUCAGCAAGUCCACACAGAACCUCAUCAGUGCCAUGGAAGAGAUCUCUGCAGACUGGGAGAGAGCUUCACUGAGGCCCAGCAGUCAGCCUAGCAGUGUUUUCAACAGUCCUCAGGACGAGACCUACAUCACAGAAGGAGGCUUCAUCAACACUAAUCUGGUGCAGGACGAGGAGUCACAGGAGUUUGAUGACCUCAUAUUUGCCUUAAAAACAGGUUCUAGCCUUAAUGUGAGUGACAACGAGUCAAUCCACGGCAGUCAUGGUGGAGGUAGUGUGGCUAACUCUCAAAUCGUAGAGCUGCGGCGGAUUCCUAUCGCCGACACACAUCUCUAA